AUGUCUGUUUGUUUAGCUGUUACAAAAGGUGUUGCCGUGACUUCAUUAGGUUUAUAUGCUGGAAUCUUAACUACAGGUACAGUAUUAUGUUACUCAAAACCUGUUCAAAUUUUAAUUUCUUCAUUAGAUAUUAUAUCACAAACACAACUAAAUUUAAUUAUUAACAAUGUUGCAACAACAACAGGUAUAUUGGGUGCACUAAGUUCAACAUGUUUUGCAUUCUCUUAUUUUGGCUUACCUAAAAUUUGGAAACAUCCUUAUUUAGUGUAUGGUAUGUUAAUCCCACCUAUUGUAUCGACUUAUUUAUGUAUAUAUAGAGCAAGUUGGAAUCGUAAAACCUUAUUAUCUGAUGACAAUAAUGAUAUUUCAACAAUUAAAAUGGAAGAUCUAGAUAAUUCAACUGUUGAUCUGGGUAAAAAUCAUAAUAGUGAUAAUUUGAAAAAUACUAAUAAAAUUUGUAAAAAAAUUGGUAUCCAUUUGUCGUUGGCAUCUAUUUUAAGUACUCUAGGUUUAUUACAAUCUGUUGUUGGUUUAUACGGUGAGGGUCAAUUCUAG